AUGUUAAUGCCUACAUCUUCUGGACAGACUUCAUUAGCUAACAAUGCUAAUAUUCUUUAUGAAUGUGUGGUAGAGAGAAGACACUUUUUUUUGAAUAGAAAUUAUUACUUACAAUUAACAAAUUAGAGUCUCAGUUUAAGUGAAGUAAAGGCAUAUUGAUAAUUAAAAAUAGAAACAAAGUCAGUAGAAUCCAAAAUAUAUCUAUUAAUUAAAGAUUGAUAAAGUAUUUACUUGGUCUAUUCAUAAUAAUAACAUUGUUGGUUUUAAACUUCCAUAUUAAGAUAAAAUAAAAGACUUUUUUGGUAAUCCAAAUGAUAUGGUAAACUUAAAAGCAAAGAUGGGAGGCUUAGUAUGUUACUAAAAAAUAGAUAUGUUUUAUAAAAAAGAGGAAAUCCUUUAGACUGGUUCUUUUGGAAGGGUAGUUUAUAAUGAAAAUAUUGUUAGGUCACAAAAGAGUAGUGUAAAUUCACAUAAAAUCAUGUGGCAAUAAAGAGUAUUAAGUGCUAAAAUAAUUAAAGUCCAGCUAUCAAGAAUGAAAUUGAAAUACUAAAAAGAUUGAAACAAGUUAACACUUUAAACAUUUUGGAGCUCAAAGAAGUAUAUAAAGAUGAACUUAAUUAUUAUAUUGUAACAGAUUUCUUACCUGGUUUAAAUUUAAAAUAACAUUUAGAAAAAAGAACUAAACCAUAUUCAAUUUAAGAAGCUUUAAAUAUAAUGGAAGUAUUAUUAUAAAAAUUAAAUGUAGUCGCUUUUAAAAGGAUUGUAAAUUAUUCAUUAGAAUGGAAUUAUUCAUCGAGAUUUAAAACCAGCAAAUUUGAUGUAUCACAAUAAUUAAAUCAAAAUAAUUGAUUUUGGUCUAUCUUGUUUUAAUGGUAAAUAACUUGAAUAAUAUCCAUCUUGUGGAACUACAGGUUAUUCAGCACCAGAAGUAUUAAAUGUAUGGAAUAAAAAACAAGCUUAUGAUUAUAAAGUUGAUCUAUUUAGUGCAGGAUGCAUACUAUAUAAAUUAUUGACUUUAGAAGGACUAUUUAAUAGUGAAAAUGAAAAAGAAACUUAUAGAAAUAAUAAAACAUGUUAAUUUACAAUUAAAGAAAAGGGUUCAGUUUUCGAUUUAGUAUAACUAUUUGUAAAAGCAGAUCCUUAGUAAAGAUUAGAUUGUAAUCAAGCAAUUGAAGCAGUUUAAGCAUUGCUUGAUUAUAAAUAUUUUGAUGUCAAUACAUGGUACAAUAAUAAAGUUAAAUAAUAUCAGAAAGGCAGAUCUCAUUGUGAAUUUAAUCAAGAAUCUUAAUCUAAAUUAUCAAGAUAAUGUAGUCUAACAAGUUUAAAAUACAAUGAACCAUAAACAUAAACAGAAAGAUACAAAAAUAUAUCCAAAAAGAUUGAAUAAAUUUGA